AGAACAAUUUGCUUCCCAUUUCAGACGAUCCCUUUAUUUACUGGUGCAUAUAUCAACGAACACCGACAAGUUGAUUUAUUCCAACAAUUUAGUUCAAAAUCUGAAACUCGGAUCUGUUACACAAAGUGAUCUAUAAUACAAUUUUUUAGCUUGCAGCUCAUAAAAACUCGAAAGCAUAAUACAAUUCAAGACAUUCUAUUUUAUAUGUUGCCGCCCCAGAGACUAUUAGUGCCAAAAUAAAUUGUUAAAGUGUUCUUGUUUGUAGCUACAAACAAAAUCUCAGUGUCCUUAUUAACAUUCUUCUCAGAAAAACUUGGCUAAAGAAUUUUUGCGCCAUCUAUUGUCUGAAUUGAUCCAUAACGCUAUGAUAGAUCAGGUUUUAUUACUGUUUGAAUUGUUCGUCACUGAGAGAUCUUUCAUUAAGUUUUCCUCAAUUAAAUCAAAUCUCCUGGCUCGAAAUAGAUACACUCCUCAUUUUUGGAACCGAACGUAAAACAAAUGUUGUUAACAUUCAGGAAUGGCAUAAAUCUGGUCAACAAGUAAAAGGUGAUGGACCCUUGGAAUUUUUACAGAUGGACUUUCAAGAAAGAUGGAGAUAAAUAAAAAAAAAUCUUAAAAUACAUAAUGUAGGUACAACACAGUAUUUAUCUAUCAUCAACCAUAUUUCUAAAUCUUUUGUUUUCAUUUUGUUCUAAAGACCACAAACCUUUUCUCAAAACCAGACUUUGCGUUCAAUAAACUACACUUAUUCAAAUUGUGUUGUUCAAAAAACUUGAUUUUUUUUCCCAGUACAAUUUACUUUAUUUAUAUACUACCAAUUCACAAUAAAUAUCUCGAGGCCCUUUUACAACAAAAAAAAAAAAAAAGAAAAAAGAGCCAAAUCAAUUAGAUUCAAUUCAAUCAAACUGACAGAUUCAAAGGCAGCUGCAUUAGAAUUUGAACACACCUCUUUCUUAGAAGCUUCUGAGAUUUCCAAAUCUGUUUGUUUCAAAACCGGUCAAUAAAACAUAACAGAAAAAUUGUUUAUAUCCCCAAACACUUUUAUUUUAUUUGCUCCAAGAAAAUAUUUUAUUUAAGGGUUUUGUUAAGCCUUUCAAUUUGCUUGUACCAUUCAGCUUAUAGCACAGGGAGAGCAAAGUGGAAUAUUAACCUCGGAACAGGACUUUGAAACUUAAACUUGCAGACUUUUAUGUUGUUUUUUCUUUCUUUUUUUUUUUUUGCAUGACCUGGUGAACCUUGGAAAUGUUUUUUCUACUUCAACAGAGUGCCAAGCUCAUGUGCCUUUUCCAAUGUUCUGACUCAGCAUAAAGGCCCACUUCAGAUAACAGAGCAGUGUUUUAUAACACAAGAUUUGCACUCAGCACAAGUACAGUGGUUCCACUCCCACUGGCAGCUGCUCAGUCAGUCAUGGCUCUCCUGUCUGUACUCACACCCGUCCUCGCUCUGGUCCUGUGCAUGGUUGCCGGCUUUUUGUUUCUGAAAUCUCGGGCACCAGAGACCAGUCCGGGAGUAGCAGGGCAGACCAAGGGGCCCACAAAAAAGGAGUUCAGACCCUGGGUGGAUCAGGACUUGCAGGAUGACACAGAAAUAACAAGAGGAGAUGACGACGAAUGGGUGGAGAACAACGAAGAGGAAGACCUCGCACAUGUUCCCUAUUCACCACAGCGCUACCCGGAGGAGGCCAUGCUGCAGAGGUCCAAGGAUUUUUACUCCUUGAUGAGCCAGAGGAGAUCUGUCAGAUUCAUCAGCCCCGAGCCAGUCCCACGAGAAGUCAUCGAUAAGGUCAUCCUCACUGCAGGAACAGCGCCAAGUGGUGCUCACACGGAGCCCUGGACGUUUGUUGUGGUGUCAGACCUGGACACAAAGCACAAGAUCAGACUUAUUGUGGAAGAAGAGGAGGAGGUGAACUACCGCCAGAGGAUGGGAGAUAAGUGGGUCCAUGAUUUGGCCAGGCUAAGGACAAACUGGAUUAAGGAAUAUUUAGAUGUUGCGCCAUACCUGAUUCUCAUUUUUAAACAGACUUAUGGGAUUCUACCAAAUGGCAAGAAAAAGACUCAUUAUUACAAUGAAAUCAGUGUCUCUAUAUCUUGUGGAAUCUUCCUUGCUGCUUUGCAGAACGUGGGCCUAGUAACCGUCACAUCGACGCCCCUAAACUGUGGCCCUCAGCUCAGGCUCCUCCUCAAACGGCCGGCCAACGAGAAGCUGCUGAUGCUGCUUCCUGUGGGUUAUCCUGCAGCUGACGCCACCGUGCCAGAUUUGAAACGGAAGAAUCUGGAGGAGAUCAUGGUGGCCAUCUGAACCAGUCAGAGAAUAUAAAAUGUGGAAAAGUGUUUAAAUGUCUUUUGAACAACAAAAUACUUUUAAAAUUCUAAAACCACUUAUGGCAGCAAAGAAAAAAAUUUAAUUGGUUUAAGUUAGUGUUUUUUGUAUCCGUAGCAGUUUAAAUGGCACAAACAAAUUGUAUUAAUGUUGAUUUAUAUUCUCCACUAAUUAAUACUCUCAGUCAUCUAUGUAGAAAACUGUAUGGUAUUGCUCUCCUAUUUUUUUUUUUAAUAAACCAGUAAGUAAGAA